AUGCCACUGCCACUACCACCCCAAAGCUCCAAACCUGAGCCUAGGAAAUCUCAGUCCAGCAAAAUUGUGUCCAGUGAUUAUGAUUAUGAUCAAACUGAAAAGAUGGGGGAGAAUGACCAAGCAAAGAUAUCUCCAUCUUCACCUAAGGGAAUGCUAAAAAAGAGAUCAGCUUUUGAAGAUCUCACCAAUAUGUCCUUUGAGAUGAACCACGAGACCCUGUACUUGGCAGUAAAGCUGGUGGAUCACUACCUAAUGGAGGUAGUAUGUAAGAAGGAUAAGUUACAGCUCCUUGGUUCCACUGCCUUUAUGAUUGCAGCAAAAUUUGAGGAGCCCUGUCCACCUUGUUUAGAUGACUUCCUGUACAUCUGUGAUGAUAUUUAUCGGCGAGAUGAGAUGCUUGCCAUGGAAAUCAACAUCCUACAGACCCUCAAAUUUGAUAUCAACAUUCCCAUCGCCUAUCAUUUUUUGCGCAGAUAUGCUAGGUGUGUCCAUGCCAACAUGAAGACACUGACCUUGUCCCGCUUCAUCUGUGAGAUGACCCUGCAGGAAUACGACUAUAUCCAGGAGAGGGCUUCCAAGCUUGCUGCUGGUUCCUUCCUCCUCACCCUCUACAUGAAGGGGCUUGGACACUGGGCUCCUACCCUGGAAUAUUACAGUGGCUACAAGACCUCUGAGCUUCACCCAUUGGUCAGGCGUCUGAAUGUGCUGCUGACUUUCAAGUCUUGUGAUAGGCUCAAGACGGUAUAUUCCAAGUAUUCUCACCAGGCUUUCUUUGAAGUCACCAAAAUCCCCCCCUUGGGCAUGUUGAAGCUGGAGAAGAUUAUGAAGUCUGAUCAUGAGGCUAAGGGCCUGGCAUUGUAG